ACUGCCUGACAAUCGUUCGUCGACUAACAACACAGGACCUCAUCGCCCGCCAAAAUGGUUCGUUACGGAGCAUCCCACCUCGAGAACGCAAAGAGCGCCCGCGCUCGCGGCUCCUACCUCCGUGUUUCUUUCAAGAACACCCGCGAGACCGCCCAGGCCAUCAACGGAUGGAAGCUCGACCGCGCUCUGACCUACCUCGGUAACGUCCUGGAGCACAAGGAGGCCGUUCCCAUGAGGCGUUACGCCGGCAGCACUGGACGCACCGCCCAGGGCAAGGCUUUCGGUGUCUCCAAGGCCCGCUGGCCCGUAAAGUCCGCCGAGAUCCUUCUCGGUCUCCUCAAGAACGCUGAGGCCAACGCCGACACCAAGGGUCUCGACACCGCCAACUUGAUUGUCAAGCACAUCCAGGUCAACCAGGCCCCUAAGCAGCGCAGGCGCACUUACCGCGCUCACGGUCGCAUCAACCCUUACAUGUCCAACCCCUCCCACAUCGAGCUUAUCCUCAUCGAGGGUUCCGAGGUUGUCCAGAAGUCCACCGAGUCCGUUGAGCGCCGAUUGAACUCGAGGCAGCGUGGCCGUGAGGUCCGCAAGGCCAUCACCUCUGCGUAAGCAGUUCGAGACGAGGUGUUGAAGUUCAGCGAGGACAAAAGGACAAGGCAUGGGCAGGGUCUAGGAGUCAAUGAGCGAUGAAUUAUAGGGUCUUUCAUACUCACUCAUCAUGUGUGCAUGAUUGGGAAUUCGAUUUCUCCGGUGUCUGGUCGAUAACAAACAGGGCUACGGCCUGAUUCCCAAACUCAGCGCUUUCUCUGCAUGUGUCGUGCACUGUCAUUGCAUGCUCACGACCGCCCUAGCGCUUAAUGCAAUGUAUUACGAACCUUCAAUCGCAACUCCACAUUUGAGAGCCAAAACUAAGCCGUACAACCUGGGUUUGACGUCGAACGGCCAUCGUCACUGCUAACAGCAUAUCCCCCAUGAAAUUUCCAGUUGGCUGUAGCGCUAGUCCCCAGUAAGCACUAGCGUGUUAUCGACCCAGGUUUGCAUGCUUCUCUAACACUCCCGAUACUUCACGACCUCA